UCACCUCAUUACUUCUCUCUCUCUCUCUCUCUUAAAAUUAGGUCAGACAAUAACAUUUUCUGAGGGGAAAAUUUGCACUAUCCAACAUGAGACUCGCUCGGUAUUUCGUACUUUGUACAAUGAUCAUUGUUGUAGCUACAAACCAAGAGGUAGAAGACAGACUAUCUGAGCUGAACGAAGACCUACCAGAACACAAGCAGGUGUCUUUCCACGUUGCUAUAGAAAUACCGAACAGAUACGCAGAAUGCUUCUAUCAGUAUGUGGGAGAGAACGCCAAGCUGUACGUUGAAUUCAAGGUAUUAAAGGGAUACAACACGGAUCAAAACAUUGUGAUGAAAAUAUUCGACCCAAAUGGAGAAGAAUUCGCAGAGCGGAUAGGUAAUUCCGGGGAAGCAGUGCGGGAUCUUGGAGAAGGUGACAGACUCAACACACCGGGCAUCUUUAAGAUUUGUUUCUACAACUUGGACAACAUCUUCGCGCGGCUUGUAGACAUCAGUGUGCGUGUGAAGAGUGUGAACUGGCUGGAGUACAGGGAUAACCUACCGGAGGACACGUUACAGGACCUGGAUAAAACUCUCAUCAUGGAGUCCCUGGACAGACUGGAUGAGUCCGUCAGCUGGGUAAAACUACAGACCAUGAGAAACAAAGUUCGUCUGUACGCAGACUUCCUGACCGUCAAGUCCAACCUGAGCUAUGUAGACAACCUGGGCCUGAUGAGCUGUCUGGCCAUCAUAGGAUCAGGCAUGCUGCAGGUCUACUUCGUCAGGAAACUGUUCGAGACGAAACAUGUCCGCGGGACAACCAACAAGGCGUGAUGGAAGGAAGGAGGGAGG